GUCGAAAGGGAUAUAUUACAAAACACAAAUGGCCACCCACAAUUUUCUCAACAUCGACACAAAUCAAUCCACAAUAUUAAAAUGUCUUAUUCACUAAUCACUCAAAAUUCAAGAAAUCCAACACCAAAUAAACACUAUAAAUACACUUCCGUAUCAAACCAAUUCAAUCAAUCAAAGCUGAAAGAACUUAAUCACUCUCACAAACUUCAAAUCCUCAUCAUCCCUUUUUGAAUCAUUAAUCAUGUCUCAACAACAAUUCAACGCUGGACAGACCAGAGGCCAAGCUCAAGAGAAAGCUGAGCAAUGGACCGAGUCUGCGAAGCAAACCGCGCAGUCCGCACGUGACAAGACUGCUGAUUUGACACAUCAAGCAGGUGACAAGGCUGCAGAUUUGACACAAUCAGCUCGUGACAAGUCAGCUGAUGGAUCUCAUUCCGCUAAACAGUCCGCCCAACAUAACCAGGAACAAGCUGCUGGUUUAUUUGGACAGACCGGUGAAUCAGUGAAGAACAUGGCUCAAGGUGCUCUUGACGGUGUGAAGAACAGCCUUGGCAUGAACGAGAAGAAAUGAGACUAUGAAUAAUACUCAUGCUUCUCAACGAUUUAAUAAAAUAAUAUUUAUGAAUAAUUUCUUGUUUUUGGAAAUUUUGGGUUUUUCUCCAAAUUAAUGUUUGUAAUAAGAUUAUUUAUUUUGAAAGAUUUUGUGAUCAUGUGUGAUCUGAAAUCUGAGAUGUAAUAAGAUGUUGUAACAUCAUAGCCUUCAAUUUUCUAUUUUAUAAAGGAAUGAACCAAAUUAGCAACACUCUUA